AUGAGACCAUUCUCAAUUGUUCUACUUCUUCUAUUCGCCUUAUCGAGCGUUUCUUCUGUUCGAUACUUUUCACUCGCAGACACCUUCCAGUCAGUAAUUGAUACUGAAAAAGCUCUGGAAGAGGAGUUGAGAGUGAACUUUGAGAAUGCACGUGCCGCCAGACAAAAGUAUCGCGAAGAAGCAGAGAAGAAACUCAAUGAGACACUGAGCAAAGUGUCAGAAGCUGUGAAGCAGAAGGCCGACGAGCUCGAAAAAGAGAAACAAGAGAAGGCGGAAGCCAAAAAAGCCCAAGCUGAAGCUGCGAUUCAAAAAUGGAAAGAAGUUUCUGAGCAGAUCGGAGAAUUUGUAGAAUCUGUACAAGCGAAGAAAGAAGCCAAGGAACAAGAGAAGCAAGAGGUAUCCCACAGUAUAAUAUUCCAGAUAAACGUGAUUUUUCAGAAAAUCGAUAGCUUUGUAAAUAGUGUCACUGAUAAACUGAAGGCGAGAAGAGAAGAAAAGGAAAAGCAAAGACAAGAAGAGAUUGAGCAAUGGAAAGAAGCCGCCGAGAGACUGAAACAACAGCGUGAAGAGCUCCAGCAACAAAUUGACGCAGCAAAACAGAAACUAGAUGAGCGUAGAAAGCAAAGAUUGGAGGAUUUGAAAAAUGAGUUGGCCGAAGUCAAGGAUCUAGUGGCUGCCGAGGUGAAACGACGUGCUGAUGAGAAGAAUCAACGGUUGACUGAUCAGAAAGAGGAGCAGAAAGUUUUGCAACAGGAGAUCUAUAACAAGUUCACCGAACUUAAGGAACAAGGGAAAAAUGUUGGUCAGCAAGCGGAUAGUUAUCAGCAGAAGAAGAAAGAGCUUUCUGAUAUGAUCCGGGAUCUUAUCGGACAAAGUGUCAAGAACAAGAUUGAAAACGAAGUUUCUGAUAAAGUCCGAAGCCAACUCGACAAAGAAGCUCUGAAGCAAGUGUUAAAUGAGAAAAAGGCCGAGGCUCCCGCAUUACCAGCAGAUGCUCCAGGUAGCCCACCACUCCUAGAUGAGGAUCCAGUUGACAUUGCACCAAAGGCCACUAUCCUUGAUGAAAUCACCGGAAAAGCCGCUUGGGAAACUGUCACUUGGGUGCUUCUUGCUCUGUGUAUUCUUCUCUCGGUCGCUUUGAUCAUUAUGAUCGUGUACCAAGUCAAGCAACGAAGCCAAUACGAACGUCUCGACGGACACGAUCACUCUCAUCACAACCCAACCUACAGUGAGAGAGCCCCAUUGCUCCCGCCUCCAGCGACGCCAGUGACUGCUCCACCACUCCAGCCGGCCAAGGAGGAACAACAGUUCUAA